UAGAAUUAUUACAUAUAAGGCAAUGUGAGCGAGCGCUUAGCUCAUUUAUCCGGACUUGUCAGAAUGCUUCGUUUUCUACUUGUGGGACUAUUCGUGACGGUGUUUGUUUCGCUUCCUUCUGUUAGGACCGAUGAUGAACUGACCGAAAAGGAGCUCCUAAAAGCGGUUGAAAGAGCGCUAGAUGGUCAAAUCAAGGAUAGAGAAGUCAGGACAACUGAUGCUAGCGAUGUCGAAGAAUUGGUCUGUCAGGGAAAUCAAGACUGCAAGGAUUGUUUUGCCGUAUGCGACGAUGAUGAGCAAUGUGCAAUAAACUGCGUGCUGCGCAUCGGUCAGGAUGGUGAAGACAAACAAGACAAACAAGGAAGUGGAAGAAAGCGGUGGUUCGGCGGCAUUGCAGUCAGACUCGCUUACCACCUAGGUGCGAGCUUUUGGCGUUCAUAUUGGCGUGAUCACUAGAUAUGUCACCAGAGCCUGUCUUGUUGUUACAGAAGGGCUAUAAAAACAUUUAUGCCAAAUCGUUUGAUUUUUUUAUUUAAUGCAUUAUUAUGUUUAACUAAUUUCACUUAAAUGAUCAAAACAAAAAUGCGUAUGAAAUAAUAAUGCAUUAAAAAUAAAAAAAAUCAAUAUUUUGUCCUUUAACGAGAAACAGCAAAACACAACGUUGAACAUUCUAUUAGCUGCCACGCAUCACCGAUUUUGUGAAAAUUCAUUUUUCAAAUUAUUUCAACACAAAUUUGUAUAAGAUACGAUUUUGCAGAUUUUGAAAGCGAUUAGUUUAUAACAAUUCGUUUUAAUUUAAGGUAUGUAAACGAUAGAAGUGUUACAUCUAGCAUUGCAUAUCACGACUGCUAGCAUUUUUCCUUUGAUUUAAACUUGAUGAUAUGAGCAUACUCGCAGUUGAAACAUGUAACUCGCGAUGCGCAUGUUUUGAUAAAACCUGCAACAUAAUAUCUUUAAUAAACACCCUCCUGUGUACAUGUAAUUUUAUAUUCGUAUUUCUUUCUCUUAAUAACCCUGUCCCUGUCUUGAAAAAUAAAUUCUGAAAACUAC